AUGGUGAGCCCGACAUGGUAUGUGGGGCUCACCAAGUCAGAAGGACAAGACAUACCCACUAAAAAGACCCCGGUGCUCCCUCAUUCCCGGCGGCGCCCCUACGCCAUCGGUCCGCUGGCCAUCACCAAGAAGAGGAAACAGAAAGCGAUCAUAGCGCUUCUGCUUCUUAACAUCGAAAGUAUGCGCUCCUGCACACGACACCGCCACCGCGCCGUCGCGGCGCCGCUACACUGUUCAUACGCGCAGCGUGAAGCCCGCUGCCGCGCCGCUGUCGCGCCGCUGUCGAAAUUAUGCUUUGAUGGCGCGGUGGCGGCGUGGCGGCUUUACUCGUGUUUCCUAACGUCGGGUGUGUCCCUGAACUUCCUAACACAUGGCAUGGUCGUGGGAUUCUCUUCAGUACUCCUUCCCCAGCUAAGGGAAACGACCGAUAUUGACGAAGCGUCGGCGACAUGGAUCGCGUCCAUAUUCGGUUUAUCCCUCAUAGUAGGAGCAUUGUUGGUCUCAGUCCUUAUGAACUCAUACGGCCGAAAACCUGUCAACAUCUCCAGCUCUGCAUUCAUGACCGUAGGAUGUCUCAUCAUCAGCGCAUCCGAUAGUGCACCCAGCCUUUUAUUCGCAAGAUGCCUCCAAGGGUUCUCCAUGGGCCUGUUGGCCAAUAUGGGCAACGUCCUCAUUGGAGAAUGUUGCAGUCCCAAAAAUCGCGCCGCUCUUUUGACAACUAUAUCUUUCGCAAUCAUGUUUGGCGUUUUCCUGGUUCACUGUUCAGGAACCAUCGUCUCGUGGCAGAGAGUUGCUCUGAUAGCAGCUUUUAUAGCGGUUGCAGACUUCAUAUCACCCGAAUCGCCGAGUUUUUAUGCAAUCAAAGGAAAGUACGAUGAUUGUCGGAAAGCGUUCCAUUGGCUACGAGGUCUUUCAGAUGAGGAGGAAUUGGAGAAGCUUAUAAAAAUAAACAUGACCAGGAGAUCGAUCGAGGCUAUUAGUUCCCAUGAAACCUUAUUAGAUAAAGUUAAAAAGAACAUAACUUACAUUAAAACCACAUUCAGGAAACGAGAAGUUUAUAAACCAAUAUUAUUAUGA